AUGAAAAGAAAAGAAGAUAAAGCUGAAGGGUUCAUUGAUUUGGUUUUUUCUUGGUCCUUGGCUGAUGUAAUGAACAAAGAUCUUUACAAGGAUAAGGUGAGUCGAAUCCCAAAGACUUUCUCAUCAGCAGAACAUUAUCUGAAGUCAUUUGUCAACCCACUUAUUGAAGAAACACAUGCUGAUCUGCGGUCCAAUAUGAUAACUUUGCAUUCUGCUCCUGCUUGUGAAAUAUUUGAUGUCAAAAUUGUAGACUUUGGGCUUCUUAAGUACUGGAUUACUGUGAGAUCGAAGAAGAGUGGUGAUAAACCGGGGGAGUAUGAACCUGAGUCUGGGGAUUUAAUUGCAUUGACGGACAUGAGACCAAGGUGUAUCGAUGAUCUGAAUGGACCUAAAAGGCCAUAUGUUGUUGCUUUAGUUCAUGGCAUGGAUGAUGACUCUGUUUGUAUCAGGAUCCUAUCUUCAAAACCCAUCAUUUUCAAGAAAGCUGACUAUAAAGAGAACGAAACCAGGGAGAGACUCUUUGCUGUGUAUCUUACGAAUUUGACAACAAACCAUCGAAUAUGGGACGCGUUGCAUCUACGUGGAGGAAACAGGAACAUCAUCAACUCUGUGCUUAGCACUGAUGUGUCAAUGUCAAUAGAAGCAAUUAACUCAAUUGGCCUUGAUGAUUCCCAAAAAGUUGCUAUCUUGAAUUGCAUUGCGUUGACCAAAUGUCGUCAUCAAAACAGUGUGAAGCUAAUAUGGGGUCCCCCUGGAACUGGAAAAACAAGAACAAUAGCUUCAUUAAUAUCCGCCCUGUUAAGAUUGAAGUGCAGGACACUGACUUGUGCUCCCACUAAUGUUGCUGUGGUAGGAGUCACAAAGCGCUUCUUGAGUUGUCUAGCUGGUACAUUAGAGCACGACACUUAUGGAUUAGGAGAUGUAGUUUUGUUUGGAAAUGGGAAGAGAAUGAAAAUUGAUGAGCAUGAAGACCUUUAUGAUGUAUUUCUUGAUCAUCGUAUUUCUGUCCUAGCUCGUUGUUUUGCCCCACUAUCUGGGUGGAGAGGUACUCUAGACAAGAUGAUGCGCCUACUUGAAGACCCUGGAGGGCAGUAUUUACUGUUCUUGGAACAACAGAAAGAGGAGAACACGGAUGACAGUCAUAGAGAUGGAAAUCAUGAUGAGGAUGAAGACGAGAAAAAUGACAACGGAAAUGAAUUGGCUGGGCAAGAUGGAUUAAGUGGCUCGCAAGGCAAAGACGAUCUUAUAAAGAAUGAGAAUUUCAAAAAAAAUAUCAAGAAGGAUGUUUGGAAGAAGUUAAUAAUUGAAAGAACAAAGGGAAACAAGAAGGAAAAAUUAAAUAAAAAGGUUUCUUUACAAGAACGAAGAAAAUCCAAGUGUGAAGGAGGGAAGGACUCUAGUAAGAACAAGCAUUCCGAUUCAAGCAACACAAAGAGCAUGCCUUGGACAUUUGAGGAGUUUUUUACAAAGAAAUUCUUUGCUAUUGAAGAGCAUCUCAUCCUUUGUAUAGAAGGACUGUGUGCCCAUAUGCCUACUUCAUACCUUCCUUUGGAAGUGGUGAACGACAUGAUUAAAGUCCUUGAUCAACUCCAAGAGUUUGAAAGUUUCCUGCGUAAUGUUGAUAUCACAGAUGAAGGGUGGUUAAAGCAAGCUUUAACUGGAAAGGAAGAAAUUUUAUGUAGGAGCAGACUACUGUGCUUGGAAGUACUGAAACUCCUUGGUCAAAAGUUCUCAGUCCCAAAAUUCUUUGAGCCCUACCUGAUCAAGAACUUCUGUCUGAAAAAUGCAUACUUAAUUUUUUGCACCGUUUCUAGCUCCGCGAAAUUGCACACAGAAGGAAUGACACCAUUUGAAUUGGUGAUAAUUGAUGAAGCUGCACAGCUAAAAGAAUGUGAAUCCUCUAUUCCUUUGCAGCUUCCUGGACUCCGCCAUGCUGUACUUGUUGGUGAUGAGAAACAACUUCCCGCAAUGGUUAUAAGCAAGGUUUGUGAGAAAGCUGGAUUUGGCAGGAGUCUAUUUGAGAGGCUUGUGAAAUUAGGAUGCAGAAAGCACCUUCUGAACAUUCAGUAUAGAAUGCAUCCAUUCAUUAGUUUAUUUCCAAAUAUGGAGUUUUACGGAGGCCAAAUUAGAGAUGGGAAAAAUGUCAAAGAAAGAGCUUAUGAGAGGCGCUUCCUAAAAGAAAAAUUCUUUGGCUCCUAUUCUUUCAUUAACAUAACUAAUGGGAGAGAAGAGUUUGAUACUAAGUCUAGUAGGAAAAACAUUGCGGAGGUCUCUGUGAUUGCUGAGAUAGUAUCAAAACUGAAUAAAGAAGCUAUUAACUCCAAGACAAAGGUCCGGGUUGGUUGCAUAUCGCCAUACAAAGCUCAGGUCUCCGCAAUUCAGGAAUCACUUGGAAAUACUUACAGCACUGAUGCAAAUGAUACAUUUUCAGUAAAUGUCCGUUCUGUUGAUGGUUUUCAAGGUGGUGAAGAAGACAUAAUAAUGAUCUCCACGGUCCGGUGCAAUGGGAAUGGCUCCGUUGGAUUUCUUGAUAAUCGUCAAAGGGCCAACGUAGCUUUGACCCGAGCAAGGUACUGCCUUUGGAUAUUAGGCAAUGCCUCGACCUUGUUAAACAGCGGUUCGGUGUGGAAAAAACUAGUCAUGGAUGCCAAAACUCGGGGCUGUUUUUAUAAUGCUUAUGAGGAUAAUAACUUGUCUCUGGCAGCUACCAGGCCCUUAAUUGAGGUUAGCCAGCUGAAUUCCUUGUUUCAUAUGGACUCUACACUGUUCAAAGUGGGAUUGAUGCUUCCUCUAACAUGGCCACUUGAUACAACGUCCGGAAGUGCUUAUUCUAGUGACAGUCUGCGUGGUGAGCUGUCUAGCCGACUAGCAGCAAUCAGUUUAAGGGAUGAGCCGAGACCAAUCACCUCACAAGUAUCUCUUUCUCACGGGAACAAAGGGAGAAACACGAAUUUCAGCAAACGUCAUCGGAGGCAGAGCAGUCAGAACAGGAAGUACAACAGCUAG